UAUCCUCCUCACGCCCGCCGCAGUUCCCGGGUUUCUCGCCGCUUUCCUGCUCCCCCUCCGUCGGUUCCCGCCUCGUCCGCUCGCUCCGGUGCCGGUUCGGAGCCGCCAUGGUUCGGGUGGAUUUCUACGCGCUGUGGUCGGUGCUGGAGGCUCCUCGGCAGCUCAUCAGUAAGGGUGGUCGGAUGAGUUUCCAGCUGCCGUUGCCGCUUCCUCUGCCUCCACAUCUGCUGCUCUUUAGUAUGGGGGACUGGGGUUCGUACUCCUCGGAUUCGUGUGUUUCUGCUCAGCUGGUCGCGGGUUCGGCGCAGCCUCAGCACAUAGGGACUCUGUCUGCUGACUGCAGGUCACUGGUCUGGGACGGUGAGUGGAGUCUGGACAUCGUAAUGGAGUGCCUCAAAUUAGCAGCACAAGGAACGCCCGCCAAACUGUGCCUGACCGUGUCCGGGAAGGUGAUGAGAGGCUCCGGCUUCAGCAGCAGCACCCCUGCCAGGAGGAGGCUCAGCGCAGGACCCCCCAGUAGCCCGCUCUUAUCGGAGAGCACAAUUGCCCAGGUGAGACUGCUGGGGGUCACAGUGGAGGAGAAGGGUGGCAGUGCGGAGGACGCCCAGCUGGCUGCUUGUGCCAACCUGAAAGAUUCUCCCCCGCUGAAGAGAGCAGCUCUGAAACUGCCCCUCGUCAACAAGGAUGGGUCAGGCGGGCAGGAACCGGGCAGGAGGGCAAAUGCUGUGUCUAGGAAUCCCAGAAGACUCAGUUUUGGCAGCAGAGGAUCUGAGGAUGGGACUGCGGGCGCAGUUUGUCCUUCGGCUCGUUGGGGCCACAGCACCUGCCUCUGUGAUCCCGAAACAGCCAUUCUGAUUGGUGGGGAAGGAGCCAAUGAAAAGUCCAGUCCGGACUCGCUGUGGAAGCUGGAACUAGACAGUGACUUCUGGUUCCAGAUGGACAGCUUGUGCACUGGCUCUGCUCCCCGGUGCUCCAGGGGCCACACUGCGACUUUUGACCCUGAGACCAAGAAAGUGUUUGUGUAUGGAGGGCAGUGGGAGCGGCGCUGGCUGAGUAACGUCUAUGUGCUGGACACCCUGGACUGGAAGUGGACCCUGCUCACCGCGGUGGGGAAGGUGCCCACCUUGUCCUAUCACACAGCCGUCAUGUACCAGCGCGAGCUCUAUGUGUUCGGGGGUCUGUGCCCUCAGGUGGCAGCAGAUUCUGGAGUCUGCACCAACGCCCUUUAUAUCUUCAACUCCGAGUACAAGAUCUGGUAUCAGCCCAUCGUGGAGGGGGAGAGGCCGCUGCCAAGAUACGGUCACAGUGCCACCCUCCUUGGUAAUCGGCUCGUUCUGUUUGGAGGCCGGCAUUCUCCGUCUUCAGUCUAUCUCAAUGACGUUCACAUCCUGGACUUGGGUUACAUGGAGUACAGAGCGGUGUCCUGUCCGUCCUUGUCUGAGAGGCCCUCCCCCCGCUGGUGAGACUGCGCCCCCUCCUGUCCGGUCACCGCCCCUUGCACACUGAUGCCCCUCCCCUCACUCGUUAUAAUCGCUGUAUAAUGUGUCUUCUGGAAGCUUCCAUGCGGCCAUGCAGGUGACGGAGCACAAAGUCCUCAUCCACGGAGGGUGUUCUGCGAGCGGCUCCUUGACGGACGCCUUCAUCUUUAAUCUGGGUAAGAGCCAGGAGCAUGAUGGGAGUUACAGUAUAUCAUGGAGGAUGCUUGGGGGGGGGGGGGAGGGAUUUACGGACCACCCUGUCAUCCUCGGGGAACGCUCAGUGGAACGGCGGAGGACGAGAACGCUCUGGACACAGGUCUGACACAUUGUGGGGUUCCACACUAAUGAUUGCUUUAUUUUGCAGACACUUCGUCCUGGACCCCCAUCAGGUUUGGGGGGAGGGCGCAUCUGCCCCGCGCUGGCCACACCAUGAUCAACCUAACUGCCUCCUCCCUGACGGAUUCUGACAAAGAGAGGCGCAAGGGGCGGAGCCUGUGCAGGGUCCGCAUCAUGGGGGGAUCUGAUGGAUCUGGAACAUUCUACAGCGACAGCCCCAAGUUUCAGCUGGACCUGAGCUCCCACGACGCAGCGAGCGCCCGUUGCAGGGUGAUCACAUGAUUAGAAUGGCUUCCUCCCGGUGACGCGGCCGCUGCUCUGUGCAGACUACGCUCGGAGCUCCGGUGGGGUGUCUGGCUGCCGGCAGGGGUGACUGACUUGGAACGCCUCCAGCUGGAGCAGAGCCUGGUUAAUCCUGGAGAGCGUGGGGUAUGGGGUCAUGUCCACCCCGAACCUAGAAAGAGAUGGGUGAGGAGGGAAAACUGGGGGGCACUUAGAAUCCUGCAGACUGUCUGCCACAGAGGAUGGCGUUUACCUGGUCUCAAUAUCAAUACCGCGCUAUGACUGGUUGGGGGGCUCUCACCCCGUCUAGUUAUCGAUACCGUGCUAUGACUGGUUGGGGGGCUCUCACCCCGUCUAGUUAUCGAUACCGCGCUAUGACUGGUUGGGGGGCUCUCACCCCGUCUAGUUAUCGAUACCGCUCUAUGAAUGGUUGGGGGGCUGUCAUCCCGUCUAGUUAUCGAUACUGCGCUAAUUGGUUGGGGGGCUCUCACCCCGUCUAGUUAUCAAUACCGCGUUAUGACUGGUUGGGGGGCUCUCACCCAGUCUAGUUAUCAAUACCGUGCUGAUUGGUUGGGGGGCUCUCACCCCGUCUAGUUAUCGAUACCGUGCUGAUUGGUUGGGGGGCUCUGCAUACACAUAAAUGCCCUGCGGCCGGGCCUUCCACUGGUGAGGCGCUCCCUUCCUGUAGUCAGUGCUGACACUUUAUAUCUGCCACAUAAGGGCUCUUUCACACCUGCGUUCUUGUCUUCCGGCACAGAGUUCCGUCGUCGGGGCUCUAUGCCGGAAGAAUCCUGAUCAGGAUUAUCCUAAUGCAUUCUUAAUGGAGUGAAAUC